AUGCCCGAUUUCGACAAGAUUCAGGAGGAGUUUGAAAAGCAAUGGCGAAUUAUGAAGGGGAAACAUUCAUCUUACCUUAGUUCGGUGGAAACAAUGAAAACAGCCCAAUCCAAUUGCUCCCAGAGUGUUAAACACUGCAAAUCUUACAUGCAGUUCUUGAACAAUGAAAUAUCGAGACUAGAAAAAUCGGCCACUACUGAGGAGAAGAAGAAAUUAGCAGGUGUGAAACUGGAGCUUCAACGGAAGGAGGUUGAAAUGCGUAACGUUGAGGAUGUUCUUCCGCGACGUCCUGGCCUAUAUCUUCGCAUCGUCCUUGGGGCCCUUAACAUUUCCCUGUCCAGCAAACAAGACAAAUUCGCCUAUAAGAAUGACUAUGAGCAAUUCAAGAUUGUUGUAUCUGCAAUAUGCGCCGUUCUAACGUUCUUAUUGUACUUUUUCAUUCAAAGCAGAGUAUUGGACACCGUGUUUCACUUUCUGUUGGUAUGGUACUACUGCACACUGACCAUACGCGAGCGAAUUCUAAUUGCUAACGGUUCUCGAAUCAAAGGGUGGUGGAACAUCUAUCACUUUAUUUCUACUGCCUCUGCGGGAAUAAUGUUGAUCUGGCCACGAUCGCAGUCAUACGACGAGUUUCGUGACCAAUUCAUGCUUUUUUCACUGUGCAUGAGUAUCGUCCAUUGUUUCCAGUAUCAGUAUCAAAUUGGUUGUCUGUACAAGUUACGUGCUCUGGGUGAAAUCCAUCCCAUGUACAUAACGAUAGAUGGAUUCAAAUCGUGGAUGUUCAAACGACUAACAUUCAUUCUGCCUUUCCUAUACGGCGUCUACGCAUUUGAGAUGUACAAUGCCUAUUGUUUGUAUGAAAUUUCUCGACAACCUUACUGUCAAGAAUGGCAGGUCCUAGCUGUUGCACUCCUGGAUGCCAUCCGGGCCAUGGGGAAUCUGAUCACUAUGGGCUUAGUUAUACGACAGAAGUUUCGCUCAAUAUCCGCUGUUGAGUUCUACCGAUUGAAGAGUCAAUACCACUUCUCACAACCGUCAAAAGGAAGUUCUGGAGAUGAAUCCGUCUUUGCUGUGAACAAAGGAGAUGUCAUUGAAUCAAAUCUCUUGCCUCCGGACGAAACGUGCGCGGUCCAGCGUCAGCCGACAGCAGACUCCUGAGUAGCUAUCCGCUAUUUAGUCUAGCAUCUCACUGAAUCCUGUUGGUGUUCGACUGUUAGCCAUUGUGUCAUUCUUUGAUUCUCAUGAACUCCGUUGUGCAACUUAUCACUUUUCUUCACGAAGCGCUCUCUGUCUGUUUGUUGUUAACGUAUAUUCUUAGACUCAUCCAUGUUUUCAUCAGUCAUGUCAGCUAUUUCGACCUUGUUCCAAACGGCUCACGCUAAUUGUUUAUCCUCAAAACCCACUCAGGUAAUGUGCUCUUCUGUCACUGUUCCCUGUAUCAUAUGUCCCUGUGUCUCCAUUGUCCCAUUCGAUGCUCAAUCAGAAUCUGUUUCCAGUCCCAUGGUGAUUUGAUUAAAUACAGUCCGC